AUGGUCUUCUGUGAGAUAUUCUUCAUCGGAACCCUUGCAGCAUUCACGUUACUGGAAGUGUACCUUUUUAGAAGGUUCUGUUUGGCAAGAGGUCCUAUUUCAAAAAGCGAACACGCUUACAGGGUUCCUGGAGGAUACUACGUUGUCAGAUAUUACCCAGAUGAAAACGGCAUGUACCACUAAGAAUCUUUUUCCCUCAAAGACUAAACAGACUGACGGACUUCAACAAGGGAGACAAAAACUAUUGUGACAAGUGCAUCUUACCAUGAAAUUGAAGACAAACUAACAGUGCACAUUAGCUGUUGAACAUGAACUGAGCCUAGACUUUGGGAGUGGUAGUAUCUAUUUUAUGUGGAACGGUUAUAUUCCAAAUACAAAAAUCAAACAGAGAAACUGAUAACCACAUUGUAAUAACUGAAAUAUUCAAUGUUGUUAGGUAGAACCAUGUAGGACAUUUGUCAGUUCCUAAGUAUGCGUGCAUGUACGCGUGCGGUGUCGGUCUGGUUGUAGACUACUGUGUUUAUGUCUGUCAUGAUCGACGCAGUUGCUAGCUUUAUAUUAGAGAUUAUAUUAGAGAAAAUAAUAACUAUAUCUUCAGUAAUAAGAAAGCAAUGAAAUUCAUGAAGUUUGUAAAGACUUUCUAUCAAGAAUGUUGUAUCAGUAAGUUGUUAUUAUAGUUUAGUGACCGAUGUCUAUUGGGGCAUGUUUGGUUGUUUUUAUUGGGCAUAAAGAUCAGAAUAAACAGCAUUGGUUACGCUUGCAAAAAAAAAAGAUGGUCAUCAACAUGUUAGUCUUAUAUCCAGAAGCCCGUAAAGAAAAACGCACGAAACAUAGUAAUGACAUUUUCCAAUUCAAUGUGAGACCUAAUGCGGUUACAUUGAAAUCAGGAGUGCGUCACUUCGUACGCGGUCUGCCCAAUAUCAUUCACUGACUAUUAACGUACUUUAAGGUUGAUCAUCCCUAAAAUUCAGCCUAGCUGCUGAAGAAUGAUCAUGCAUCUCUGGGUAAAAAAUUUAAAAAUACGUGGUUUGUUGUAAAUACAAAAAUAAACAUCUCCUCGUUGAUGAAUAGUCCCAACGUUAUUACUUAGUCAUUAUUCUGAUAUAUUUUUCGUGAAUAUAAUAGAAGCUAUCUUCACUGAAAUUUUUAACGAAUUCACGGCAAAGAAUUCAACUCGAGAUCUUCAUCUACUCGCGAAUAGGUGGAGAUUCAAAAUUCGGAAAUGAAGCCUUGCACGACAUAACGCAAGAUUUCUGGAGAUGUUCAUGGUAAAUACACAAGCCACCUGCAGCAAGACUGUUUACUUUCGUUUUAAGUUCAUUUUAAGUAUUAAGGCUGAAAGACGAUUCGUCGCUACAGCGUACUGUUGAGAACUAAGUGAAUCUGCAUUUUUUAUAGAUAUGCACGUAUGCUAUAAAAUACCUUGUUCACCAAAGUUUUUAAUCUUUUUAGUUUAUAUUUUUUCAUAACAGAAAACUGUCAACAACAUCAGUAGGCUUUGCCAAGUUUAAUAUAACGAGUAGAAUUUUGCUGAUUAAAUAUUUCUUUGUGUGUGACUAACAAAGAUGAAAAUUAGUGACCAAAAAUGAAUUUAUCAGAAUGUUUUCCUUGAACGCUAGUCACAUUUGAAAUGACAGUGUACUCGUCAAUAUUUUUUAUCCUUAACUUUCAUGGGUGAAUUUAGAACGGCAUAUUUUAAAUUGAAAAUCGCAAAAUAAUAUCACUAAAUAAACAAGAUUUGAAAUGAUCGACAUUCUUUAACAUAACGCUCUCUGAUUGGAGGUUAUUGUUACCACGCCCUCGACACGCCGCCGGCCUUACAAAGGGCGCCCUGCAAGCAAGAAAAGUCCCUUUUCCGUCCUGACCGAUGGCCUAUAUGGAGAGGCCCGGCCCGAAGGGGUACCUUUUUCAGGCUUCAGGUAUACGAAAGCGAACGGAUCUCACUUGUUAAAGUAUAUGGAUUAAAGCAGGAUAUAGGGAAAUUUGUCAUUUCCGUCGGUAAAAAAUUAAAAACCUCCAAAAAGGGAACAGAAAACAUAUGCAUUUUAUGGCUGUGAAAAAGUCAAGAAAACGUUCUGGUUUUGUAAUUUACUCAUAUUUUAAGACAGUGAAUUUACAGUAGUUAAAAGGGAUGCAAAAGUUCUAAACUAGGUAAAUAAAAGAGGUACCAUUUGUCAAUGAAAGGUAUACGCAAGGAGCAGCUUUUCUUUCAAAAAUGGUAUAAAAAGGGUAAGGUUUGGACCUUGAGACGGAGCCUGGGACCAAAACGGACUAUGAAUAAAUAAAAAAUAAACUAUGAAAAAAUAACAAAAUUCAAAUAAUGACACUUUCUUUGUUAUUUCCUCCAAGGUUCGGUUUCUAGAUUACUGAUAAUAAAUCUCUCCAUGUGAAAGAUCUUACGAUUUCCGACUCGUCAAAACAAAGAAUUUGCCAACGCCGAGAUCCAAAAAUUUCAAAACUGAUAAAACAUUAUAAUAUGCAUGUCUCCGCUCAGUUGAAAGUUAUUAUGCAGUCGUGACUCGAUUACCACACCUCGCGACUGUAAUGAACAGGGACGAUAAAGCUGGGGGGAGGGGGUUGGGGUGGUGCGCAGGGCAUUCCGAAAACAUGAAUACUUGGUACAAGGAGCGAUCCUAUCCACUUCAAGUCACAAGUCAGCCCACUUCCUUCCAACACCUGGAGAAAUUUUCCGCCGUCCCUAGCGUGUAAUGUUUCAUUUUUUUAUUUUAUUGAUUCAUUUGGACAAAAAGACACUAUCGAACCGCCAAACAAUUUCAGCAAAUCCAUUGUUACUGGUAACAAUGAAAGAUGAUGCAAAAAUUGAAUAAGAGCUGAGCAGCUGAAAGUACGCAGCCAAUCAGAACUCGUGAUUGCUGAUAUCUACUGGUAGGCUGGUGAAUAACAAGUAAACUAGCGUCAUUCAAAAGCCACGCCUUGUAAUUAGACUUUAAACCUCACAUUAAAAUUACCCACAAAUUCAAGCGCACGCCAGACAGGAAUAGCGUUCAGGGAGAUUAUCUUUACGCAAAACAAUAAACAGAAAAAUGGUAUCGAAGUAAAUGUGUUCGUAACUUGAAAGAAACCGGGAACAGGAAAACUUCGAAUGGGAUCCCACAUCUCUCCCUAAUGGCUGGAACAAUCACAAUUUUCGUCGCUGCUUUGGCUGUCGGACUAAUUGGGGCAUUAGCGCUUCUUCAAGCGUAUUUUAUUGGACAGUGUUUCAGGGCAGGACAGCCGCAAGAAAAUGGAUACAUUAACAACGAUUGUCUUUAGCGGGCUUCCUAAACUGAAAAAAUCGAAUUACAGGCUUUCGAUUGAGAACUCUAAGGCACCUGCUACUCACGAAAACUUCACUGUAAAAAAUUGCUUGACUUGGGCCUUGUUUCUGCCAUCGAGAGAACUACAUGCAUUGUUGUUAUUUAUGAAGGCUGAUAUUUUAUCGACUUCAUAAACAGCAAUUUCAACAAGAAGCUUUUUUCAAAAAUGGAUCCAUAUUAAAGGUUAUGACGAUGAGUAAGCACGCAAAGAGACGUUGAUAACUGUGUAGUAUGAACAAGAGAACUAAACUUCUAAACUUGAUUGUGCGGCUGUUACUACCCAAGGCGAAAGUUGAAGUAAACGGUGGCCGAAUAUCUGGACCGUGGAAUUCAGUUAUUAACGGCAAACAGGGAUGUACAAAACUUCUUUUAUGGUCAAUAAACAAAAUUAAGUUAACCUUUUUAAAGAUACGAUGUACUGGUUUUAGCCCUGAAAGAAAAUUAUUACCUGCGAGCAAGUUAUGUAUUUGGAAAUCGCUCGCUGGCUUCUCGCGUUCCACCCGUUGUCCUCGCGGUUCACUUCAAAAAGAAAGCUUACUUAACGAACGUAGGCUAGGCUGCUUAAUAAAAUAGGAAACGAGGAAGUUGAUUUUAAAUUGUGCACUGCAAAAAAGACUAAGAAGCUGCCGGGCGUCCACUAGUCCUCCCUUCUUAUAGUUCGCUGGGACAAGAGUUAACUGAGCAUUGUGCAACUGAGAUGUCAACAUCUCAGAGCUUUAAGGGUGGUCAACUCAAUUGAAAGAAUCAGUUACGUUUUCGCCUUGAAAUAGUCCGCAGUUUCAUCACUCCAAAGGGUUCUAAAACACAGGCCAAAGAUUAGCAUUAAUGGUUUGGAAUCUGCCUAAAAAUCCGGUUAAAUGCAGCUCUCUUGAUUCCCAGUCAUUCGUUUUUUCUAGUUCCGGAGUUGGAGUAGUGGAGUUUAUGGUUAUUUUCGGUUUUUCGUUUGUUUUGUUUUUUUUUUUGAGGAUAAAGAUCAAGUGUGUUUCGGAGGUUUUACGUGUUGUUUCGCUUUGUUAGUUUAAACUGAAGUUUUGAGGUUGGGUUUGUUUUCUUCUAGGUAAAAUCUCCAGUUUACGGGUGGCAAAACCAAAUAUGAAUACAUUUAUAACAUUUCUACUAAAUCUCGUUCUUCAGUCGCCUCCGUUUCUGAAAAGAAAGGAUUUCACUAGCUAAGCCUUGUCCUAAAAGUUAUUUAAGACACAAAAUUUCUAAAGAAUAAAAUGAAAUAACAGCAAGCUGUUUUAUUUAGUGAAAAUGAAUCUGGUUUUAAUGAAAAGUUACUUUGCUUUCAGUCUCUACGCAAAGCAGAAAAUAGUCAGUUCCCACGUUAUAAGGCGCCUUACUCUUUGGUGCUUUCAUUUGUCUCAGGAACAAUAGUUUAUCAUGCAAAAAAAGAACACUCCAAGUUAGUCCCCCGAGAUUUGUUACAUCCAGUGUCGACAUUAGCAUCAGUGAUGUGUUGCUGGCAGCCUCUGGCAGCCACUUUUUAAAAACUCUAUUUUAUGCAUCAGCCGCAUCUCUGGAGCUCGAGGCAGAAAAUUACUGCGAGUCAUUCAUUCGCUUGAAGGAUCUCUGUCACGAGUCGCUAAUACAAUGAUUAUAGAUACAUUCGCCGAUAAAGAUUCCCCACAUGCUGGCCACAAGAUAAACUAUUAG